AAUAAAUUACCGAGUACAUGAUCGAUAUUUUCACGGAUGAGAGAAUCGAUCAUUUGAAUCUAGCAGACGAAUUUUUUCUAAAAAAAAAAACAACAACACUUUGAAAAUGUUUCGGCAUAUAAAGAUAUUGAAUAAAAAAUUUUCAGGGCCUACAUCAGUUCGUUAUCUAUCGUCUUUAGAAAAAUUCAAAAGAUGGUAUCGUGAUCUAUGGUAUCCAAAAGGGCCGGCUCCUCCUUUCAAACAUGUGUGUCAACUUGGUGAUCCAACCCUAAGACUGAAGUCCUCAGAAGUGGCGCUGGAUGAACUUAGCUCUGAGCGCAUUAAAAAUAUUCUUCUAGUCCUCAGAGGAGUGAUGAAACACUAUAAAGCAAUAGGGAUAUCUGCACCUCAAAUUGGAAUUCCAUUGAGAAUUAUAAUGAUUGAGAUCCCUGAUUCUUUGGUUGAAAAAUUUGGCCCAGAAACUUGCAAAACACGUGAAAUAGUUCCAACUCCUUUUAAAGUAUUUAUUAACCCAGUGAUGCAAGUUAAGGAUUUUAAGAAAACUUUGUUUCCUGAAGCUUGUGAGAGCCUCAAAGGAAUAAGUGCAAUAGUGCCUAGAUAUAGAGCAGUUCAUGUGAAGGGAUAUGAAUAUGAUGGAUCUCCAACAGAAUGGGAUGCCACAGGAUGGGCUGCAAGAAUUGUGCAACAUGAAAUGGAUCAUUUGGAUGGUCAGAUAUACACAGACAUAAUGGAAAGUAAAUCUUUGCAAGUUGAUCUUUGGAAAAAAAUUAAUGCCCACCAAGGAAAGAUCCUUAUAAAAUAUAACAAAUGAAUGAUUGCAAAUUUUUCAUAGAUGAGAAAUAAAUAUAUUACAAUUUGUCUUA